AUGCAACCCAUUUCUUCAGCAGAAGCGAGAAGGAGAGAACCUGGAGGUCUAGGGGCCACUGAGCCCACAGGGAUGAACCCUCUACCCUUUGGAGCACCUCCGAGUCGAAGCGGAUUUAUGUCAGAUCCAAAGCCUCCGUUUCGGGAUAAUGAUGAGUAUCCGAUGGUCCCACCGACAACCAUGCCUCAUAAUUUUCCUAAUAAUGUUAAAAUAACAGAUAUUCAGCCAAAAAGAGAUGCAAAUGGUCUAAAUGUGCUAGAAAUCCCCCGAAAAGAGCAGAUCCCAUUACCUGAAGUUGACAUGUCUUUUCCUCCUAAAUUCCCUAAAAUCUCUCAUCAAGCUGCACAUCACAACGAUAUCUUCGUGAAGCCUAAUUUAGAGUAUAUCGACCAGGAGCUUCAUCCUCUAUAUGUCCAGACUCAGAACUUGGUGACUGAUCUUUAUAAAGAACGAUUAAAAAGAGUUGAAGAGGAUAAUAACAGGCAAAUGUCAAUGGCACAGAUGGAACUAGAAAAGCGUAAAGACAGAGAACGCAUAGAGGGAAAAUACCGAGAAGAAAUUGAGAAAUUAGAGAAAGAAUUUCAAGACUCCGCCCAUGAUAAAACUAACAAAUUCUUGGGAAUGUGGCAAAGACGGUUUGCUGAAGACAAGAAAGUCUGGAAAGAGACCAUGGAAAGAAUGCAUGAGCGUGAGAAAUACCUCACUAUUGAUGAUGAUGUCCUUCUCAGUGACAAUAUUGCUCAUAAACUCAAUGCACAAGUCAAAUUAGACAUUGGAGAGAUCGAUAAGCAGAUUUUCGAGAAGGAAAAUGACAUUCAGCAAGAACUUAAUAGACUAAAGAAUGAAGGCGUCAAAGCCGAUAUUGAGUACAAUGACCUGAUGGAUGAGAUUGAUAAAUGUAAAGAACAGUUACGCCAGCAGAAGUAUAACACAAAUAUCAGGCAUAAAUAUAUUUAUCAAAAUUUAAUGAGUGAUAAGAUAGAUUUUUGUCACAAACAGCCAAAUUUAAAGGUUAAUCUCCCUCCCAGAAAAGUUCUUGGCGGAAAUAAGUAUGAUUUCGAAGUUGGAACACCACACGUAGACUAUCUCCAAAAGCCUUGAAAGUUUGAUUUUGAUUAUGGACAUAUGGUAAACACUAGCCGGAGUGAGAAAAGACUGGAUGCAGCCACUCUCCCUUUAGGCGAGAGGCUUGAGCUGGGUAUUGAUCCUCAAAAAGAGCUUGACAGGCUAGACAGACAGCUAUUCGAGUGGAACUUGAAGCAAGAAGCGAAGGAUUACCCCAAAGAUGUGCUUUCUAAGUCUUACAUAAAGAAUACAUUAAUCCCUGAUGAGCUUAAGUCAAGGAGUGACUUCAAGACUAAUUAUUUAAUGUAAAUAUUUUCAAUAUC